AUGUCUACUACAGCCUCCACAUCCGCUGCCUCGGGGCCUUCCCACUCCCACUCGCUCUCUCAGUCGAACUCGCAGUCCCUCUCUCACACCUCGACCAUGCCAUCCUCGCCCUCGCCCGAGUCAGCGCGUCAAAUCGCUGAAGCACGCGCCGUCCUCGAAGCCUCAAUGUCCAACAUCGGCGCCUCUCUUGACACCUCCCUCCGUAGCCGCGCCACCACCCUCCACGCUAACUCCGCACAGCUAGAAAAGCAACAGAAGGAUGUCGUUAAGGAGACGGCGAAGCUGCGGAAGGAAACGGAUAAGCUGAAGAAGGCUGCAGAUGAGGGGGCGAGGAAGGUGAAAGAGUUGGGGAAUGUGCAGAACUGGGCGGAGAUGCUUGAAAGGGACUUUCUAGUGCUGGAGGAGACGCUGAGGUUGGCUGAGCAGGGAAGUGACAGCGAUAGUUGGGAAAGUGACAGUGGGAGCGAGGGGAGUGGGAGGAGUAGUCGGCGAGGGAGUGUUGAUGGAGACGGCAAGCGGGAAUCGGAGGGAGAAGUAGUUGCGCAAAAGGGCGCAAUAGUCCCGAGGGCUGUGGAUGCCGAGGGUGAUGUUGCUAUGGAUGGCGUCGCAGAGCAGAAUGUGCAGGAUAAAAGGAAAGCCAGGAUGGAAGUUGAUGCGAGUCCGAUUACUGUGCAUGAACAGACUGCGGAGCCUCAACCUGAAGUUGUUGGAGGCUCAUCGACUGCCACACUUGAUUCUUCUGAGACGGAACCUUCGUUGAGCUCCGUUCAUACAACACUCUCUGUGGCCAGUUGA